CAGAGGGCCAUUCACAUAGCAAGACUUUUGAGAACACAUCCAGUCAUGAUACUAAACUUGUUGCUAGAUCUGCUUGACUUAAAAGGAUGGUUAGUUGUUAUUUGUGUUCUCUUGAUUGUAGUGGAUGUAGUCAGAAACAAAGAUCCUCCAAAUUUUCCACCUGGACCAUGGCCUCUCCCAGUAGUUGGGAAUGUUUUCACAGGAGUAGAUUUCAAAUCUAUGGACAAGCUGGCUGAGGUGUAUGGAGAUGUCUACAGCCUGAGGUGGGGCAGUGAGAAAACAGUGUUUAUAUCAGGAUACAAAAUGGUGAAGGAGGCCCUGGUUACUCAGUUGGACAGUUUUGCAGACCGGCCAGUCGUUCCUCUAUUCCACAAGGUCUUUAAAGGGAUCGGUAUUGCCUUGAGUAAUGGGUAUAUGUGGAAGGUGCAAAAGAAAUUUGCCAAUGCCCAUCUGAGACACUUUGGAGAAGGAAAGAAAACCCUGGAGCUUCACAUUCUGCAAGAGUGUCAAUACCUUUGUGACGCAUUCAAGGAGGAACAAGAGCCAUUUGAUCCGCAGUACGUGCUGUGCAGUGCAACAGCAAAUGUCAUCUACUCAGUCGUCUUUGGGCGUCGGUUUGAGUACAGUGAUGCACAUUUCCAGAACGUUCUCCAGGCAGAUGCUCAGGCAGUUAUAUUGGCAGGGACUGCACAGGCACAGCUGUACAACGCCUUCCCGGGCCUGUUCCACCACCUGCCAGGUCCCCACCAGACCAUUCACUCCAACUACAAGAUGGUCACAGACUUCCUGCGAGAGCAGAUCCUGAAACACACGGAGGACAGGGAUCCGUCAGACCCACGUGAUUACGUAGACGUGUUUCUGGGUGAAAUGGAGAAGAGUACUGAUGAGGAGGCAGGAUUUAACUUGGAGACCCUGGUCAUCUGCACCCUCGACAUGGUUGAGGCUGGCACUGAGACCGUUGCCACGACACUGCGCUGGGCCCUGUACUUCAUGAUGAAGUACCCUGAGAUACAACAAAAGAUCCAGGCUGAGAUAGACAAUGUGAUUGGCCAGUCACGGUUCCCAAACAUGACAGACAGACCUAAACUGCAUUACACCGAAGCAGUCAUCUAUGAAACUCAGAGGUUGGGAAAUGUUGUGCCAUUAGGAUUUCCAAAGAUGGCCUCCAAAGACACCACCCUGGCUGGAUACUUUAUACCCAAGGGAACAGCGAUAACUGCAAACCUGUCAUCUGUGCUCCAUGAUAAAAAUGAGUGGGAGACACCUGAUGUCUUUAACCCUGAACAUUUCCUGGAUUCCAAGGGACACUUCCGCAAGAGAGAUGCUUUCUUUCCGUUUUCAGCAGGGAAGAGAGUUUGCCUAGGGGAGCAGCUGACUCGUAUGGAACUCUUCCUGGUGUUCACCUCGCUGCUGCAGAGGUUCACUAUCUCCGCAAUCCCAGGUGUGGAGCUCAGCCUGGAGGGACUGCUAGGCUUCACCUACUCGCCUCCUGCCCAUAAGAUCUGUGUCAAGCCUCGGUGAUGUCCAGGCCCUCUUCCUUCAGAAACACACAAAGAAACAAAGACAGUCUCAAUAUAAAACUGUUGUAGGAUCACCUUGAACAUCCUGAAAUGGAUGUCAAAUCAAGUAAACCAUGGAACCAUGUAAAGGCGGAUUAAUGUCUAUGUCUGAUUGUGAGAUUGUUAAUCAUCAUAAUUGUGAGAAACCUAGUCACUCCACAUAAAUGUAUUAGCUUGCUUAAAGGGAAACUAUGCAUUUUGGCAAUUUCUUUGCUGUUAUCUUGUUUUUCGUUUUUCUGAUUUGUGUUUCAUUUCACUGGCUCUGCCAUGACAUUACAAGAUCGCGAGGCUAUGAGACUUUUUGUUUGUAAGUACGGUGGCCCGCCAGCUCAGUUCAAAAUGUUAUUCCGCUCACAGGCACUAGGUGGAAGCGACACUGCCACCAUUCAAUCUGAAAAAAGAUACAUAACCGAAACUGUUCAGUUAAGGUAAAUUAAUCUUAUAUGUAUAUAAAUCACUGUGUGGUCAAAAAUACUUAAAUAUAAACAGUUUUCUCUCAAGCUGAUGAUACUUGUGAGUGAUGAUUAUGGGUGAUGCCUUUAAAAAAACUUGAGAUUGUGAUUCACAGUGCCCUUCACUAGUAUACAUUUUCCGUGGCGAUAGCUUGCCUUGUUUGCAAGCAGAGGGAUAUGAGUGCAGAAAAGGAAUGUGUGGACUUCUAUUCACCCUUAGGUUUUCCAGGAAAACUUGUCUGAACCCAGCUUACAUAACAGGCUGUCCAGCUGACACACACCCUCCACACACACACACACACAUUUGUUAACAGAGCGGCAGCUCUCUUCCUGCUCUGUCUCAUCGGAAGCAAGCCCAGAGUGCGCUAAUGCUCUCACACACACAACAACAACAGUCUGCAGGGCUUUUGUAUCGGUCCACCAUGUUUUCCGAGAGCUCUGAACGAGCUUGUUCACAGUCUCCUGGGCUGCUUGCCUGCCUGUGAAACCUUUAAAUAGUCUAUAUAUAUUGUGUCAGUGCUGGGAGGGUUUGCCUUUUGUCUGUUAUUUGACAUAAUGUAUGUUUUGAAAGCACAUUAUUUUAAACAUGCUGCCUGCUAGCUGUUCAAUAACAGGGAAUGGUCAUGUCUGGAAUAAAAAGGGUAGUGAAUAUGAUGAUAGUGAUACUGUGUGUCGGAAAAUAAAAGAUUUCAUCAUUUGAA